CCUUCUCUCUCUCUCUCUGUCUCUCGCCCACUCUGCUAGUCUGGAGAAGCUGGGCUGCAGGACAGAGCACCAUGAGUGUGGAGAAAAAACAACCACGACAACCAUGCUGCUCCAAACUAAAGCUAUUUCUGUUCGCCAUGUCCUUUAUCUACUUCGCCAAAGCGUUCCAGGGCAGUUAUAUGAAGAGCUCGGUGGUGCAGAUCGAGAGACGCUUUGAUAUCCCCAGCUCUCUGAUAGGAUUCAUCGAUGGAAGCUUUGAAAUUGGUAAUCUGCUGAUUAUAGCGUUUGUGAGUUACUUCGGGGCGAAGCUCCACCGACCCCGGCUGAUUGGCGUGGGCUGUUUGGUUAUGGCUGUCAGCUCCUUUAUCACCGCUCUGCCCCACUUCUUCCAGGGACCGUACAAAUAUGCAACUACAAUUGCCCACUUCUCUGAGGGUAAUACCACCGAGACCAUUCUGCCCUGCCUGGGCAACACAACUCAUCCACAGGGUGAGGAACCGACUUCACCAGAGAAUCAAAAAGAGUGUGAGCAAGUGGCUGGAUCAUCGUUGUGGGUCUAUGUGUUUCUGGGAAACAUGCUGAGGGGUAUUGGAGAGACGCCGGUCAUGCCUUUAGGACUGUCCUAUCUGGAUGAUUUUGCCCGAGAGGAGAACACAGCGUUAUAUCUGGCGUGUAUACAGACGGUGGGGAUUCUGGGGCCGAUGUUUGGUUAUAUGCUGGGCUCCUUCUGUGCCAAACUCUACGUGGACAUCGGAAGAGUGGACUUAGACACCAUCGCCAUUGAUCAUAAAGACACUCGCUGGGUGGGGGCCUGGUGGCUCGGCUUCUUGGUGACCGGAACUGUGAUGCUGGUGGCUGGGAUCCCAUUUUGGUUCCUGCCCAGAUCACUGCCCAAACAAGGAGAAGAAGAGAAGAAGAGCUGUGAUGAUCAAGAGGGCGAGCAGGAUACGUUCAUCACCACGGACAGCACCAGCAGCCCAGCACCCGACAAACAAGAGCCCGUCACCAUGUCUGCCCUCGCUAAAGAUUUUAUACCGUCAUUAAGAAAGCUCUUCAGUGAUGUCAUCUAUGUGCUCAUCAUCCUGACCGGCCUGGUUCAAGUUAACGGCUUCAUCGGGAUGAUCACGUUCAAGCCGAAGUACAUGGAGCAGACCUAUGGCCAGUCCGCAUCGAAGGCCAUCUUCCUGAUAGGUAUUAUGAAUCUGCCGGCUGUAGCUCUGGGGAUUCUCACAGGCGGCUUUGUGAUGAAGAGGUUUAAACUGAACAUCCUCGCGGCGUCCAAAAUCUCCAUCGCCACCGCCCUGCUAUCCUUCAUUCUGCUGCUCAGCCAGUACUUUAUGCACUGUGGAAACACACACGUGGCCGGGCUCACCUCGUCCUAUCAGGGUAUUCUGGAGGUGUCGCAUCAGGAGGAUAGUCUGUUGUCUCAGUGUAACUCGGGCUGCUCGUGCUCUCUGAAGCACUGGGAUCCGGUCUGCUCCAAUAAUGGUCUGACCUAUGCUUCCCCCUGCCUGGCCGGCUGCCAGAGCUCCACUGGACAGGGCAAGGAGAUGGUCUUCCACAACUGCAGCUGUGUUGAAGAAUCUCUCAUGCCGGCUGCAAACAUGUCGGUGGUGCUGGGUCAGUGUCCGCGUACGGCAGACUGUGAUCACAUGUUUAAGAUCUACAUGGCGGUAUCAGUUCUGGGGGCCUAUAUCUCAGCCUGUGGGGCCACACCUGGAUACAUGAUCCUGCUGAGAUCCAUCCAUCCUGAUCUGAAGUCUUUAGCACUGGGGAUGCAGACGCUGAUAGUCAGGACUCUGGGUGCAAUCCCUCCUCCAAUAUAUUUCGGAGCUUUGAUCGACAAAACGUGUCUAAAAUGGGGAGUGAAGCGAUGUGGUGGACGAGGGGCUUGUCGCUUAUAUGACGCUGAUGCUUUCAGAGCUACGUUUCUGGGUCUGAUCUACGGUCUGUACACUCUCUCGUAUCUGCUGUGCGGGCUGGUCUACAACAGACUGUCUCACCGCCACAAACAGCAGACCGUGGAGAAACAGGCCAAAGAAGCCGAGCAGGAGGGAAAGGGCACCGUCAACGGUGACAAAAACGGCCCUACCGCCAUCAUCAAGUGCAAGGAGGACCUGGAUAAAGAGACCACUAUCUGAAUUCACCAUCUGCACCAAAAAAACAGACCCGUUAUUUAGGCCACAGUCAGUCAUACUGUAUAUUAAUCUGAACCUGUACAGAGAUGAAUGGGUUUCUGAGCUGAAUGUAGUUUUAUAGUUUUCUAUGCAGUCCUGGAGCUGCAUGUUACACACGGUUAAAAGCAUCCUUUUUCAGUUACUGGACGGAAGUAUCAGCAUUUUUUCAUUCUGUCACUCAAAAACUUUGAAUCCACACUUUCUACAUAAUUUGAAUCUGAAUUAUUUACACUGUGUCCAAAUGUCGUAAUGAAUAAUGUAAUUAAUGUAAAUAGAAUAUAAAUGACCCAGAAUUAGGAUACAGAAUAAAAUUUUAUCCACUAAUAGUUAAGAUGGCUUACGAAUAUAGUAUUUUUGGAAAUUAGGUUAACAUAUCUCUAUGUCUAUCGGUCGGUAUGGGGUCAUGGUUUAAUGCAUGCAGUUAUAUGGAGAAUACACAAUAUGUGCUAUAAAAGGUGUGCACUGACAUCAUGAGCCAGAACACGCCCACUUUUGUAUACUUCUGUGUUGAACCUAUGCCAUAGCCUACGAGUCGCCACGCACCCUACGCCAUAGCAUAUGCUGUACCUCGACGAAUAAUGUAACGCUGCAGCUGUGAUUGGUCCGCCGGGCCUUGCACGCCAAAGUAUAAUACAUGUAGGCUACGACUAAAUUGGCCUUUCUAGAGUUCUAUUGAACUGCAGGUUUUUUGAGUUCAUAAUAUUUAUAGCACAUCUGAUCCAACUAAUGAACUAAUUGAUGAGCUCUUAUUGUAGUAGCGUCUUAUUCUGGUCACUAACUGCGUUUUUAAGAGCCUCGAUGUCCGCCGUCUGCAUUGGGGCGAGGUAUUCUGUAACGCGGGACCAGACAGAGGCGGACGUAAAUGCAGGUAAAGACAACUUUAAUAAAUAAAUAAAUACCAAACAAACAAAUAACAAAGAACAUAAACCUAAACAAACAAGAGAUGAUGAUAAUAAUAAUAAUAUAAACAGACAGGGAGGAUAACAAAACCAAACUAGAACUAAACAGAGCUAGGGAUAUAUACAGGGUAAACUAACAAAGAAACAAACAGGAAACAAACGUAACAAGAGAUAAGCAAUAACGUGAUGUGGAAAUAGGCAAAGGCAUGACGAGACAGACAACGUAGGAAGGUGCAAAGACCGACAGAUAAACAUGGACUAAAGAGCACUAUAUAUAGUAACAUGAAACACUGAACACCUGGGGAAGGGGCGGAGCUACAAAUUAGACACACGUGACGGAAAACUACUGGAGAAACACACUAGGAAACGGGAAAAACAUAGGGAAACAUAGCGAGGGCGUGACAGCCUUGGCAUAUGCCAUGCAAAUGUUACAUUACAUUACAUUACAUAGCAUUUAGGGGACGCUUUUAUCCAACCGACUUACAAAAAAUUAUGUACAUUUAGCAAUAGAGGACAUAGAGGUUCAAGACAAAAAUAUUUUUUGACAGGUCCUAAAGGAGGCCAAAGGGUAAAUAGAGGAGGAAAGGAGGGGAAGAAGGAAAAGAGGUUAGAAGUAGUUAAGAGAGUGAGUGCUCUUUGAAGAGCUCUGUCUUCAGGAGUUUAUUAAAGAUAGCAAGAGAUGCUCCUGAUCUGGUAGUAGAAGGUAGUUAGUUAGAGGUGUUAGGAGAGUAAGUGCUCUUUGAAGAGCUCUGUCUUCAGGAGUUUAUUAAAGAUAGUGAGAGAUUCUCCUGAUCUGGUAGUGGAAGGUAGUUUGUUCCAUCAUUGUGGAACUCUUUAUAAAAACAUUCUAGAUUGCUUUAUGUGAAUGUUUGGCAAAGCGAGGCAACAUUUACUGGAGGAGCGCAGUAGCUGAGAGGGAACAAAAGCCUUUAGGAGUGAGUGCAGGUAGGAGACAGUGAACAUAACAAGCAGUAGAGUCACAUGUGCCUGUUUUGGCUGGUGGAAGACCAGGCAUGCUGCUGGAUUCUGAACCAGCUGUAGUGGCUUUACUACACAGGCCAGGAGGCACGUUAGCAUUGCAAGUUAGCAUUGCACUGCAGUAGCCGAGGUGUGAGAUGACCAAUGCUUGUACCAGGAGUUGGGAGGUCUGUUGCAAAAGAAACGAUCAAAUCUGUCUGAUGUUGUUAAGUGCAAACAACAGGACCGAGCAAUUGAUUCAACAUGGUCUUCAAUCAUAACAUCCAGGUUUCUGGCAACCUUUGUCGGGGAGUUUGAGAGUGAGUCAGUAUAUCAAAUGUGGGUCAUACUCAGCAACAGAGAGUUGGUAAAAGCAACUUGGGCCAAUUCCCAUAUUAUACUCAGCAAACAGGGUGUUGGCGCAUCCAGUCUUUGGCCCAGAAGUGAGUCGAAUAUUUGGACUGAACAGGGUUGAUUUUGGCUAUCUAAGUGAAGCAUACAAUUUUCAGUGCCUGGAUUCUGGUUGGGUUAGUGAAUUUCAGCAAUUCAUUUACAUCUCACUUCUUUAGGAUUACUAUAUAUAUACAGAUUUUUUCUGAAUCUGUAUAUAUAGUCAGUCAUGCAACAGAUUUUCCAGCAUUCACACUAAAAGCUGUUAAAUGCAGACUGUUAAAUGCAUUGCACAAAAGUCAUUAUAAAUGUUUCAUUAAUUAAUUAUGCACUUGGCUGGUGUAAUGCUUUGGGCAGCAACACAGCCUUUACUCUGUCUCAGGGUUCAAUUCCCCUGCAAGGCUAACCCACCACACUACACCAAUAAGAGACCUUUGGGUAAAACCAGAGACUGUAAAAAAAGAUGGACGCCGUGUCGCCGUUCCCAUUCAUUCAAUGAAAAUGAAGCCAAAAUCUUCCGCCGAUCCUGACACCCGAUUCUGCGCUGUAGAGACCAGAGGAGGGAGAAAGGCUGUGGAGAGACAGCCUACUCAUUUAAAUAACCCCGCCCCCGAGGGCUGCCUUGCGUUCACAGACUGCAGAGCGGGGCAGAGCGGAGCUGACGUUCUGUUAUUGGUCCCGCCCAUAUCCAGCCCUUUUACAAUAACCACACCUGUUUUGAAUAGAGCUGAAUAACCUUCUAAAAAACUAAUUCUGUGGGGAUUUAAAAAUUUGACAGUAGAAGCAGAGGUUACACUAGCUGUUACAUUUAAAUAAAGAAGGUAGAAUUACAGUAUAUUGGAAAAAAACGUGAUUGAAAGUUGUCUGUUUUGCCAUUGAAACCUAUGGUAAUGGGUGGAGUUACACAGCUUUCUGAAACUGAACAGCAGGGGGCGCCCGACCUGUGGCGGCUUCACUUUUGAGAGACGAUGCUCUGUCCAGCUAUUUACAGUCUAUGGGUAAAACAUUGAAAACGGCAGAUAAAACAGAGAUAAAACCAUCUUAACUUUCAGUGGAAGUCAAUGUAAACUGAGUUUUUUUCAUGUAAUUUUGGAGAUUUCUAUUUGUCCAUUUAUCAAGACAUUAUGGCACAGUGUAAGAGACAGUUUGUGCGUUCAAAUUAUGUAGUAAACUGAAAAUCAGCCUUAAGUCUUAUCAUCACUGGGCAGUGAUGAUACACAGUAUUAGGUCAGCACAAUGUUUACCAAAAAUGUCUAAACUUAGAAUCAAAUGAAUUCUGUGCCAAAAGAUUGUAUACCAAAGAAACUGUGAUGUAAAAUAACCACCAGCCUUAGAACACAGCACACAUUAGAAUAAGUAUAUAAAUAUAUUGUUACAUACAGUAAGUAGUGUGAGGUCAUUUCUAGCACUUUCUUCAACAGUGUUUGAUUUAACCCUCCUGUUAUGUUGCAGGUCAAAUUUACUAGCUUUAAAUACAAGAAAGGUAUUUAUUAUAUUUGAAGCUGGAAACCUUUAUUGAAUCAUUUAAUUUGUUUGCAACCGCCCCCGACAUAACAGAUAUUGGGUCAUAUAGUAUUAUUAUAUAGGAUAAAAAAAUAAUAAGGAUUAACACUGGAUUUGUUUUCUUUUCUAAAUUUAAAA